AUGCCCUUCCGCCCGCCGAGCCCGUCGGACGGGCCCCUGGCCAAGGUCGACUGCCUGGCCGAGAAGGACCCGGUCACCGUGCGCGAGGACCACCUGGCCGACGUGGAGCUCGUCGCGGUCGCGGUCUCGGACCCGCAGAAGGUCCGCUACGGCGGCCUGGCCGAGAAGGAGGGCGUCGACGAGGGCUCGCGCGUCGGGCGGCUGCGCCGGACGACGGAGGCGGCCCUCGUGAAGACCUGGUCCUACGAGCUCGCGGCGACGACGCGCUACAAGGGCGUCGGCGAGGCGAUGCGCGUCGAGGGCGGCGGGCUCCGGCGGACGGUCGAGGACUUCCAGUGGUGCCGCCUCGCGCUCGUCGCCGAGCACCCGGGCGUCGUCGUGCCGCCGCUCGGCGUCGAGGCCCAGGCGGGCGACGCCGACGCGCCGGCGCGGUGGCUCAUGCUGCUGCUCGAGCACCCCCAGCUCAAGUCGAACGACGCCCUCAAGGUCUUCUGCCUCGGCAGCCCGUCGGAGUUCGCGGCGGCCCAGCGCGACCACGUCCCGUUCAAGGACCCGACGCCGCUCGCCGUGCACCUCGGCGCGCUCUACAUCAAGGGCCGCGAGACGCUGUCGCGCGAGCGGAAGCAGGUCAUCGAGGAGGACGCGCAGGAGGAGAAGGACGAGAAGCGGCGCAAGGCGGGCGGGCACCUGUCGUCGGCCGAGAUCCGCGCGUUCGCCAAGUGGCUCGACGAGGAGGCCGCGGCCGUCAGCGCCGCGGCGAAGGCCUCCGCCGCCGCCGUGGCCGCCGACGCCGCGGCGUGCGCCGAGCAGAAGCUGGCGCUCGCGUCGGUCGCGGCGCUCGCGGGCAGCGCCGGGAGCGCGGCCGACGCGGCGCCGCCCCGCUUCGGGCCCGCGCGGGCCCUGCCGGAGCUCAACGACAUGGUCGGCUACCUCGGCGCGGCUCACGACGCCAUCUACGGCCGGGACGUCGCGCGGCGCACGCUCGCCGCGGCCAAGGCGCGCCUGGUCAAGAUCGAGGCGGCCGCGGCCAAGGCCAAGGAGUACGCCGACGUGCAGGCCGCGCGCGAGGCCGCCCGGAAGUGCGACGAGGCCGCCAGGGCCGUGGCGGAGGCCCAGGCCGCGCGCGAGGCCGCCGAGAAGCUCGAGGCCGACGCGCAAAAGGCGGAGUCGGCCGCGGCCGCGGAGGCGGAGGCGGCCGCGGAGGCCGAGAAAAAAGCGGAGGCCGAGAAAAAAGCGGAGGCCGAGAAAAAAGCGGAGGCCGAGAAGGCCGCGGCCGCGGCGGCCGCGGCCGCGCCGGCGCCGGCGCCCGCCGACGCCGGCCUGGAGCAGGAGGCCGCCGCGCCGGCGCCCGCGGCCGACGCCGCGCCCGCGCCCGCGGCCGACGCCGCGCCGCCGCCGCCGCCUGGCCAGCCGCUGCGGUCGCCCUUCGUCGAGCACGCGAAGAAGCUGGGCGGCCUCGGGCUCAACCUGCUGGGCAAGGCCAAGAACGUCGCCGGGCGGGGCGUCUCGGCCGUCCGGACGGGCGGCAGCUACGUGGGCUCGGCGGCGGUGACCGUCAAGGACGGCAUCGGGUCGCGACUCGGGUCCUACGUCUCGGGCGACACCGACGUCGCCGCCGCGGCGGAGCUGGUCGGCCGGCUCGAGGCGCGCUACGACGACGUGAACGCGACGCUCGACGCCGAGCUCGCGGCGCUGAAGGCGUCGUGGCCCGACCGGCGCCGCGCCGUCGCGGACGCGUUCGCGGCCGGCGAGGCGGCGCGCGCGGAGGCCGCCACGAAGGGCAAGAAGGCCGUCGUCGCCGCGCUCAAGGCGGUCAAGGCCUCCAAGUAGCGCGCCCGCCCCCGCGUAGGAUCACGACUCGG